AUGAAACUGCUCGACAGCGCGGUCAAAGAGGCACAAAGGUUGAAGCCGAUCAAUCUUCUUGAAAUGCGCCGCAUGGCGGUCGAGGAUGUGACGCUCCCAGACGGCACUCUCAUCCGCAAAGGAGCACAUAUUGCCGUGAACAACACUGGAUUUUCCCGUCCUGAAGUAUACGAGGACCCUGAAAGGUUCGAUAUUUACCGCUUCAAGCGUAUGCGGGACGAGCCUGGCAAGGAGCACACGGCACAGCUUGUGUCGACGAGCCUCAAUCAUCUGUCGUUCGGCCACGGCAAAUUCGCCUGUCCGGGUCGAUUCUUCGUGGCCAACGAACUAAAACUAGCCUUGUGCCACCUCCUCUUGAAGUACGAUUGGAAGGCCACGCCUGGGGUCUCGCAUGACCCUCUCGUCUUGGGCACCACGAUUAUGCACAACCCGGAGACCAGCAUUCAGUUCAGAAGACGAAAGGAGGAAAUCGACCUCGAAUCUCUCGAGAUCGAAGAGUGA